GCUCCAUUAGUCUGCAGCAGGUACAGCGGUCAGUAUGAAGCGCGGGCUCUCCUCUCUGGAGUUUCUCCUCGCUGUCGUGUCUUCUCUCCUUCUCGUCUCUUGUGUCGCUCUGAUUAUACUUUCAUGGAUCAGCCUGAAGUCUGAAGGUGCCGUCGAACCAGCAGUGCUAAGUGGUCGGAUGGUGAUCACAGAAGGAGUUGUUUUCUCUGAAGAGCUGAAGAACUCCAGCAGUCUGCUCUUUAAGUCUUUGGCCUUCGACGUCCAACAUCUGGUCUCGGAGGCAUUCCGCCACAGUGAGCUCAGACUACACUUCCUGUCCUGUCAGGUUUUAUACUUCAGUCGGGGCAGUGUAGCGGUCACCUUUGACCUCUGCUUCAAUCACCUGAUCGACCUAAAGGAGGCGGCGCAGCAGCUGGGGGCGGGGCUUCAGGAGGCCGGCAACGCAGGAUUGGUCAUCGACAAAAACAGCAUCCAGAUCACAGAGAAACAACAGAAGACAACAGCUGCUCCGUCGAGCGUCACACCUACAACAGCGACGUGUCCUCCUCAUCAGACAUCCUGUGCCGACCGAUCAAUGUGCGUCCCCAUCGAUCGGCUCUGUGACGGAGUCGAGGACUGUCCUGACAACUCGGAUGAAGUCGCUGCUCGCUGUGGUGAGUGA